UGCCGCCGGCCUCUUUGCGCAACACCUUGGCUAUAUAACCGGGCCGCUGCGCUGCACCUGAGUGACUCCUUGGGUCCACGACCUGCGCAGGGAGCGCUGACCAUGGCUCCUUGGCCUGAGGUGGAAGAUGCCCAGCCCAACCCAGGUAAAUACAUCGAAGGCAUCACGAGCCAACAGCCCCCCACAGAUGGGAAAGGAAAGGAGACCAACAAAAAUGUCGCUGGGACCUCUGAAACCAAGAUUGAACUUCUGCCAUCCCACUCCACUGCCACCCUGAUCAAGGAGCCCACCGACACAGAAGACCCCUGGGACCUGCCCGAGUGUCAGCACAAGGGGAUCAAGUGGACAGAGAGAGACACCGAAGGGAAGAUUCUGUGUAUCUUGCAAGGGAUUGGGAAGUUCCUUCUGCUCCUGGGCUUCCUCUACCUGUUCGUGUGCUCCUUGGAUGUCCUCAGCAGUGCCUUCCAGCUGGUUGGAGGAAAAAUGGCCGGGAAGUUCUUCAGCAGCAAUUCUAUCAUGUCCAACCCCCUGGCGGGACUGAUGAUCGGGGUGCUGGUGACAGCCAUGGUGCAAAGCUCGAGCACCUCCACAUCCAUCAUCGUCAGCAUGGUGGCCUCCUCACUGCUGACGGUGCGGACUGCCAUUCCCUUUGUCAUGGGAGCCAACAUUGGAACCUCGAUCACCAACACCCUCGUGGCGCUCAUGCAGGCAGGUGACCGGAAUGUAUUCAGAAGGGCUUUUGCCGGGGCCACCGUCCACGACUUCUUCAACUGGCUCUCCGUGCUGGUGCUCCUGCCCGUGGAGGUCUCCACCCAUUACCUGGAGGUCCUGACCAACUUGAUAGUGGAGUCCUUCCAUUUCAAAAGUGGAGAAAAUGCCCCGGAACUUCUGAAAGUUAUCACGAAUCCUCUUACAAAGCAAAUUAUCCAGCUGGAUAAAAAGGUUAUAAACCAGAUUGCAAUGAAUGACCCAGCAGCUCAGAACAAGAGUCUGAUCAAGAUUUGGUGCAAAACUGUGACCAAUGUGACUCAGAUGAAUGUUACCGUCCCCUCGAUUCAGAACUGCACCUCCCCCAGCCUCUGUUGGACAAAUGGUUUCCACACCUGGACCAUCAAGAACGUGACCCACCGGGAGAAUAUUGCCAAGUGCCAGCACCUCUUUGUGAAUGCCAACCUCCUGGAUCUUGUUGUUGGCAUCAUUCUGCUGGUCACCUCCCUGCUGGUGCUCUGUGGCUGUCUGAUCAUGAUCGUCAAGGUCUUGGGCUCUGUGCUCGAGGGGCAAGUAGCUAUUGUCAUCAAGAAGACCAUCAACACUGAUUUCCCUUUCCCCUUUUCCUGGCUGGCUGGCUACCUGGCUAUCUUAGUCGGGGCAGGCAUGACCUUCAUCGUGCAGAGCAGCUCAGUGUUCACGUCUACUUUGACCCCACUGAUCGGUGUCGGUGUGAUAAGCAUUGAGAGGGCGUAUCCACUCACGCUGGGGGCCAACAUCGGCACCACCACCACCGCCAUCAUGGCCGCCUUGGCCAGUCCAGGCAAAACCUUGAGGAGCUCACUCCAGAUCGCCCUGUGCCAUUUUUUCUUCAACAUUACGGGUAUCCUUCUGUGGUACCCAAUCCCGUUCACCCGCCUGCCCAUCCGCCUGGCCAAGGGGCUGGGCAACAUCUCAGCUAAGUACCGCUGGUUUGCCGUCUUCUACCUGGUCAUCCCCUGCCGCAUCUGCUGCCGCUUCUGCUGCAGGCUCUGCUGCCCCACGUGCUGCCGCUGCAGCAAGUGCUGCCAGGACCCCGUGGAGGAGGAGGACAUCCACAUCAAGGUCCCCGAGUCCUUUCGUAGCCUCUCUAUGGUCGUGGAGGCCCCGGAAGGAGUCCCCAAGUCCAAAGUGGACGCCCUGAACACAAACACCACCUCCAGCCUCACAGCCUUGUAGGGGCUGCCCCCGAGGUGGGAGGAGGGGCCCCAAGUCUCCCUCGCUCCCUCCUGGUUCUGCAACGCCGUUCUCCACUUUGCUGAGAAAUGGCAUCAACAUCAGCUCUGACUCAUUCCCCUUUGCACAUGUGUCAGCCUGCAUGGUCGCUCUGUCUCCGCCCCUGCUCCCUGGUCUCCCACUCCCAGGAAGGUGCAGAAAGAGAAUUAGACAAUGAAGCCUGGCUCAAUAACGGAUCCCCUCCACCCACCCACUCCUGCACACAGAUGGGUUGGCCAAUGGGACUUAUUCUCAGACGUAACCAUCUUCUGAAGUCCUAAGGGAGGAAUUUAUGGGAGGUUCUCAAAGAUGAACACACACAUAUGCUUUUCUUAUUGUGGUAAAAUUCUCCUUUACCAUAGCCUGGCUUCAACCCAGAGCAGCUGCCUCCCAGGUUUCCUCUCCCCAGAGCAGGACAGUUUCAGGGCAAGAGGCCUUGGAGAACACAGGCAUGGGCCUUUGCUCUCUUCCCAGUGCUCCCUAAGGCUCCCUCACCUGGGCAGGUAUGACUAGUCCAAGCAUUUUACCUGCUGAGUCUUUGAGUUUCCAGGAUGGGAGCCACGUUGACCCAACUGUUGCCUCAUCUUCCUAAGGGGAGAUCAGGUGACAGCAAGGUCUGUGUGUGUCUGUGGGUCCAAGGGAUGUGCUCCUUCUUGCCCCACAUGCCCUCUGUGCCUUCUAGAGCCCCAGCUGUAUUUACCCCUUUGCCCUCCACACUCCGCAACUCUAGUUCUUCCUGGAGAGGAAACUUCAACCAGGUCCGGGGAGGGGGGACUAUGCCACAGCGCAUCCGUCAUGACAGGCCGGGACACCAAACCAAGCCCUCCCCUGGCCUUCCCCCGUGUAGAUACCAAUUCCCUAACAGCCAUUUAUACGCCAUAUUUAUAGCCGUGCACCUGUACAGCAUUUUUAUAAGUUAUAUAGUAAUAGUAGUGUGACUUGUUUGGGGCUCUCAUUUGGAAAUGUCAAGGGAAACAAGACUAUCUGUAUUUUGUAAUGCUGGCUUUUCAACACUCCUCUGUAAGCCUGUGCCUCACUGUAAAUACAAAAGCUAAGCCUGGGCAGGGCUGCGUCCCUCUUUGCACUCUACAAAUUGGAUCCUUGUACCUGUAUUGAUUGUAUUUUUUUUUAACUGGUUGUGGGAAAGAAAAAAUAAAGAUGAUCAAACCCAAAAA